AAAAUCUUGCGAAUGAAUGUGACGAUGCCAAUCUCGAAAUUUAGGGCAGGGGUUGCUGUUGCGGCGGAGUCCUGCAAGUUUGCCCCAACGUCCACCUUUCGAGAUGCGUGCACCUUCCUUAAGCGCUAGGAAACACCUGCAAUGAGAGACGUCGACCGCACACGAUGCUGAAACCACCUUUUUCGUCACUCUUCGCGAAGCGCCUCGGCGCGGGCUGGACGUGCGCCCGGUGUCGCAGCCAGGUCCCCAGACCGACCACCGGCAACUUCCCCCGAGCACCGAUUCCAAGGCGAUAUGGCACUGCAGGACCCUCGUUCGGAACAUCACCAAAGCCGAAAUCGCGCCGGCGGACGGCGGUGCUUCUCGCAACCGCCGGGGGAGGGGCGGCUGCGAUGAUGCUCUCGGUCGGGGACGAUGUCAAGAAUACAUACGAAGCCAUGGAGCGUUCGGGGAGGGUGGCGUCCACUCUUGUACUAUGUAUUAAUGACUACCGAACAACACUCAACCAGCGGGAUAAACUUGACGAUGUAGAGGAAAGGGAACACGUACUCAAGGCCUGCCACAAGCGAUGCGCGGACAGGACCUUGAAGGUUCUUGAAAGAAAUGGCGGGAUAUUCAUCAAGCUGGGGCAGCACUUGAGCGCAAUGAACUACCUCCUACCCCCCGAAUGGACGACGACAUUCAUACCCCUCCAAGACAAGUGCCCGGUGUCCUCGUUCGAGUCGAUCGAGCAAAUGUUCAAGAAAGAUACAGGCAGUGAGCUGUGGGAUUACUUUUCCGAGUUCUCGACCGAGCCCAUUGGGGCCGCAUCGUUGGCACAGGUGCACCUGGCGACAAUCAAGGAGACGGGGCAGAAGGUGGCGGUCAAAGUCCAGCAUCCGAGCCUGCAGCAAUGGUCCAAGUUGGACAUGUCGCUCACCAAUUUCACCUUCUCGACCCUCAAACGCUUCUUUCCCGAAUACGACCUCGAAUGGCUAUCUUCCGAGAUCGAAGUGUCACUUCCGCUCGAACUAAACUUUGUAUGCGAAGCGGAGAACUCGAAGCGCACAAAGGAUCAUUUUUCGCGCAUCCCCGAGCUCCCGCUCGUUAUCCCGGAUGUCAUUUGGGCCAAGAGGCGCAUCCUCGUCAUGGCCUGCGAAGCGGGUCGUCGCCUCGACGACCUCGAAUACAUGGACGAGAGCAAAAUCGACCGCGACGAGGUCUCGGCCACACUGGCAAGGAUAUUCAACGAGAUGAUCUUUGGGGAUGACGCGCCGCUGCACUGCGACCCGCACGGGGGCAACAUCGCGAUCCGCAAGAACCCGUCACGGCGCGGCGCCAACUUCGACGUGAUCCUGUACGACCACGGCCUAUACCGGGACAUCCCGAAGUCCCUGCGGCGCUCGUACGCCAAGAUGUGGCUGGCCGUCAUCGACGGCGACAUGGAGCGCAUGAAGAAGUACGUGAACGAGGUCGCCGGUAUCGGCGAGGACAAAUUUCCAUUGUUCGCCUCGGCCAUCACGGGGCGCGACUUCAGCGUCGUCAGCUCGUCCAUCACCAAGCCCAAGGAGGCCACCGAGCAGCAGACGAUGAGCGGCGCCCUGCAGGAGGGCUUGCUUGUGGACCUCGUGCAGAUGCUCGGUCAAGUGCCGCGCAUCAUUCUGCUCAUCCUCAAGACGAACGACCUCACGCGAAGCUUGGACGAGAAUUUGCACACGCGACAAGGACCGGCACGCCAAUUCUUGAUUCUCGCGCGGUACUGCAUGCGGACGGUGUUUUACGAGCAGCUGGAGGAGAUACGCCAGCGGGGAUCGCUCUACUGGCCGCCGAACGCCAUCAGGCUAUUCGCGGCGUGGCUAGGUUAUAUGAGGGUGGGCAUCAAGCUGGAGGCGUUCGAGUUGUGGAUUAGCGUCAAGCGCGCGUUUGGGUACCAGAACGGGAUCGGCUUGGGCGGCAUGGCAUAGAGAUAGAGGAGAUACCUUGGCUAGAGUGCAUUUUCGUACACAUGGCCACACUUUAGGUCAUGAAUCAACGGAAUGAUCAUGAGGGUUGCCUGGGUGAUCACCUUCAGGCUUCCGGAUUUCCCACGGUGGCCGAGUAGCAAACGCAAACCGGAGGCUGAGAACUUCAUGAACUUGUGUCACUCUUGCGGAUUGAAUCUGUCCUCAACUGCGAUCCCAGG